AUGGAUGCCAGUAUCCAGCGGGCCCUCAACGACAAGCUCUAUGACAAGCGCAAGGUUGGCGCCCUCGAUCUUGAGCGCGUCAUUCGCGAACUCGUCAGCACAAAGGACUACCAGCGUGUCCACGACAUCCUCGAGCAGCUCUGCAAUGAGUAUGCCUACGCCGUCCACCAGCCCCAUGCUAGAAAUGGUGGCUUGAUCGGCUUGGCUGCCGCUGCUAUCGCCCUCGGCUCUGAGCUGCCUCGCUACCUUGCCAAGAUUGUUCCUCCCGUCCUAGCUUGCUUCACAGACCAAGAUGCCAGAGUCAGGUAUUACGCGUGCGAGGCCAUGUACAACAUCGCCAAGGUCGCCAAGGGUGAGAUUCUCGUAUAUUUUAACAGCAUAUUCGACCAACUUUGCAAGCUUGGUGCGGACUCGGAGCUCUCGGUCAAGAACGGCGCGGAACUUUUAGAUCGCCUUGUCAAGGAUAUAGUAUCCGAAUCCGCCGCCUCUUAUGUCUCUAUCCUUGAAGCCCCUCCUGAGUUCGAGGGUGAUGAUAAGGUCUCGUUGGAUGACCAUUCCCACUUGCCUACCGCCUUCUCUCUACCUCGGUUUAUCCCCCUCCUCAAGGAACGAAUCUGGGUCAUCAAUCCCUUCACCCGCCAAUUCCUCGUCGGCUGGAUCACCCUUCUCGAUUCCAUUCCGGACCUUGAGCUUAUUACCUACCUACCAAGGUUCCUCGACGGCCUUCUAAAAUUCUUAUCCGACCAGAAUCCUGAUGUGAGAGCUGCCACACAAAACUGCCUGGAUAAGUUCCUCAACGAGAUCAAGCGCAUCUCCCGCAUAAAGAAGGGCAUUCUCGAGAGUCGGAGGUCCAAGGAAGGCGCCAAGCGGAAACGACAGGACUCGAUGGACAGCGACUCCUUGAACCCAGAACUUGAGGAAGGGGACGAGCUGGAUUCCGAUGCGGCAAAUCGUGAUGACGAGGAUAGCAGUGAGGAGGACUGGAUUCCCGGCCAGGAUGUUGAGAUCAACUAUAAGGAAAUCCUUGAGAUUUUGACGGCUACGUUAGACUCUCCACUGGAGGAGGACUGUCUGCUAGAAUCGCUGAGGUGGAUCGUUGAGUUCCUCGACAUUUGCCCAGAAGAGGUGUUGCCCUUCACCCCCAAGAUCCUGGCCCAUAUGCUCCCAGCCAUGGCCAGUACUAAGGAGACCAUCCACCAAGCAGCGACCCGUGUCAACACUUGCUUGAUGGAUUAUGUCGUAUCUCUCUCAGACGAUUCUGAACUGGGCCAACCUCACACUGCCCAGGCACACCCCUACUCAACAUCUCGACUCCCUAUUCCAGGAGACAAGUACGAUGGCACGAAUAGCAACCGAGUCUCGUUGUCGAGUUCCAGAGACCUCGACAUUCGCAGUCCGACUCCGGCCCAGAAUCGUUCAAUCUCAACACCCGCAAACAUCCCCACCACCCAGACACAGGCCGAUCUCGACUACGCUGCUGCUGUCAACUCACUCACCCUGCUAUUCCUGAACGACCAUGAAGCCACUCGCGUUGCCGCCCUGACAUGGCUUAUCAUGCUGCACAGAAAAGCCCCCAGGAAGGUGCUUGCAUUCAAUGACGGCACCUUCCCCGCCCUCCUCAAGACGCUAUCUGAUAACUCGGACGCCGUUGUUACCAAGGAUCUGCAGCUUCUGUCGCAGAUAUCCCGGAAUUCAGAGGAUGACUAUUUUGCCAACUUCAUGGUGAACCUCCUCCAGUUAUUCUCAACGGACCGCAAGUUGCUCGAGACACGAGGCAACCUCAUUAUUCGACAACUUUGCCUCAGUCUAAGCCCCGAGAGGAUAUACAGGACUCUAGCGGAUUGCAUUGAGAAGGAAGAAGAUGUCGAGUUCGCGAGCAUCAUGGUUCAAAACCUCAACAACAACCUUAUCACCGCACCUCAGCUUGCGGAUGUUCGAAAAAGACUACGGAAUCUUGAGACCAAAGAUGGCCAAACACUGUUCGUGGCUCUGUUCAGGUCAUGGUGCUACAAUGCGGUCGCUACCUUCUCUCUAUGCCUGCUGGCACAGGCCUAUGAGCAAGCAUACAACCUGCUACAAAUCUUCGGUGAGCUGGACAUGACGGUGAACAUUCUGAUUCAGGUCGAUAAGCUUGUGCAGCUGAUCGAAUCCCCUGUUUUCACCUACCUACGUCUCCAAUUGUUGGAGCCUGAGAAGUUCCCGUUCCUGUACAAAUGCAUGUACGGCAUCUUGAUGCUGUUGCCGCAGUCAUCUGCAUUUGCCGCACUGAAAAACCGACUCAAUAGUGUUAGUUCUAUCGGCUAUCUACACGUGGCACCCAGAACUACUACAUCGACUACGAGUAGCUCUAACUACGAUAGACCGAAUCGACUCAAGGGCCGGGAAGAUGGAAAUAUCAGGUGGCAAGAGCUCCUGGAGAAGUUCCGAAGUGUCCAGGAGCGAGCCCGGCGAGCCCAGAGGCAAGGAUUAGACGGGGAAGACAUGCCCUUCAUUGGGAUGAGUGAAAUGCGGAUAGGAGAUGGAGCGAUGGAUCCCAAGGGCAAGGAAACGCGGACUCCAGCCACAACGACGCCGACGCCUCAGAAGGAUCCCACACCAGCACCACCAGUACCAGCCAAGAGGACUGGUCUUGGGAGGCAGUUUGGAAGGUUGGGCGGCGCGGUCGCGGGGAAGAAUCGGAGGAACUAG